AUGCCUCCGCCUCAUUUGUGUUUUUCUUUUAUUUUUGUUGAGCAGGAGGAGAAGAAACCGGAGGAAGCCAAGCCGACGCCGAAGGAGAAGAAGGACGAAUCCCCAAAGGUCGAAGAUGACAAGAAACCCGAGGCAGCGGAGCCGCCGACCCGCCGCAGGAGAUCAUCCUCAAAGUCGACAUGCAUUGCGAGGGCUGCGCUCGGAAAGUCCGCCGUUGUCUCAAAUGAGUCGAUUGUAACCAGAUUAGGUGAGGAGGAUGUGACGACGGAUUGCAAGACAAGUAAAGUGGUGGUGAAAGGUGAGAAAGCAGAUCCGCUCAAGGUUUUGGAGAGGGUUCAGCGGAAGAGCCACCGCCAAGUCGAGCUCAUAUCGUCGAUUUCGCCGCUGCCUGCGCCGGAGGAGAAAGGGACUAUGUUAUCUUAA